GUGUGCGUAGCACGUGCCAAAAAGGCUAGUAAAUAAGAAUAUGUUAGACAAGGGAAUCCUAAAGAAUUAUAUUGCAGAAGAAAGCGAGAUUAGGUGAAUCCGAAAGGCGAGCGGAGAGAAGAUGGCAACGACGGUGGUGAAGAGCGUGUUUAGCACAAUCAGAGAGAAGGGCCUGUUCGGCUUCCUCCGCCAUGUCAAAGACGAAGGAUACUUGAAGUGCCUCGGAGAUGGAAAUAUUCUGCAAACAAAGUUGCAUAAUAUAGGUGCAACUGUUGUCGGUGUUGACAAGUUUGGUAAUAAAUACUAUGAGAAGCUUGGAAACACUCAAUACGGAAGGCAUAGGUGGGUGGAGUAUGCCUCGAAGGGGCGCUACAAUGCGUCUCAGGUCCCUCCAGAAUGGCAUGGGUGGCUACACUUCAUAACUGAUCGCACUGGAGACGAGCUGUUAAGCCUUAAACCAAAGAGGUACGGGUUGGACCACAAGGAAAACUUGUCUGGAGAGGGUGAACAGUACAUUUAUCAUUCCAAGGGACACACCCUCCAUGCUGGGCAGAGAGACUGGACCCGGUAUCAGUCCUGGCAACCCACAAAGACCUAAUUGUUCUCUUUUGUGAGCUUGUGUAAAAGUGUGGUUUUAGAAUAAAAAUCAUCCUCUUUACUGGAAGAAACCAAUUUGAUAGAGGUUCUAAUUGUCUUUUGGAAUUGAAGUUAUAUACAACUCGCUGAUUCAUUGUUAUCAGAAAUGUGUGCUUUUAUGAUGCUAUGGUUGAAUGAUUCAUUUGAGGAGGAUUCACCUUCCAUUUUCUAAUUUAUCUGAGUUUUUUUUUUGGUACA